UCAACAAUAUAAACAACACAGAAAAAACAAAAUAUUGUUUAUCUCACAAUCAGUGAAAAUUGUUGAAGGUUUUAUUUAGUUUUAUCGCUUUAUAGCUCAAUCUUCUAGUUGUACCAAAGAGAUGGACGACCAAAAAAACAACCGAAUUUUCCGAAUGCAACCAAUUUUGUGCCCUUGGAUAACUUCUCAACCUUAUCACUCAUCACUUUUGAAUAAAAAUAGAUCUUCGAACCAAACCAGUGAUCCCACCUUACCCAACCGUUUUUUAAAUAAUCCCUGGAUAAAUAAACAGAUGCCUCUAGGUAUGCCACGAUCUCAAGACAAACAAUUACCCUCAAUUCAACAAUCAUCAAGUCAAUUCUUCUAUUUUCUUCGUUUGAUGCAACUUUUCCCCGAUACACAUCCAGCCACUCUUCACACAGUUUUAGUUUUAUGCAAAAAUGAUUUCUUUUGUGCUGUUGAUAAAAUGUUGUAUGCCAAACGGUGCAAGCUUUUGUGCUACAAGAAAAAUUUGAUUCAAAAGACGCAGCAAAAUCGAAGGAGUUUUUCUAAUAUUAGGAUAAAUCAGAUUAAUAAAAGGCAAGCGACCACUGAAAAGAAAACUGAUGAAAUAACGCCAAACCCCAAUGUUCUGAAUUCGUUCGCCGAAAAAGCUGAAGAUUUGUCAACAAUAAAAAAAAAUCCAACCGAAAACGAAACGCUUGUUCAACAGUAGCUGUUUUUCUGAAAUUUUAUGAAUUGUUGUUAACAUUAUUUAUUAAAAUGUGAUA